GGAGGAAGAAGUAGUAUGAUUUGCUGGCGUCACCCCUCUGCUCCGUGCCGGCGCGGCGAAUGGCAGGUCCCGAGGUCGCAGCUUCCACUGGCGCGGGUGGGAGCUGCCCUUGGUCUCGGGGUCCCUGUUGGCACUGAGGCUGCAGCUAUCAUGGUGAACUUACUUCAGAUUGUGCGGGACCACUGGGUUCAUGUUCUUGUCCCUAUGGGAUUUGUCAUUGGAUGUUAUUUAGACAGAAAGAAUGAUGAACGGCUAACUGCCUUCCGGAACAAGAGUGCGUUAUUUAAAAGGGAAUUGCGACCCAAUGAAGAAGUUACCUGGAAGUGAAGAGUCUGGCUGAACUAUCGAAUGCUCACAUUUUAAACUUCUGAGAGAAAUAAAAACGUGAAGAAUCGGAAA